AUGAAGUCGGUUCUCGCUCUCACCAGCAUCACCGCGCUCCUCGGCAGAGCCGUUGCCUGCGGUGGCGAUGACGAUGGCUGCUAUGGCCCAAUUGACAAGGUCGAGCACGUCCGUCUUGUCAAGCGUAUCCAGCCCGGUGCUCCCGGCGCUCCUUAUGGCCCAAAGGGACCUCUAGAAUGGGGCCAGAUCAAUUUCAUGCACACUACCGACACUCAUGGGUGGCUUGCUGGCCAUCUGAAGGAGGAGAAUUAUGGUGCUGAUUGGGGAGAUUUCGCAACCUUCACCCGUCGCAUGAGGCAGAAUGCCGAUGACUUGGGCGUCGACCUCCUGUUGGUCGACACUGGUGAUCUUCACGACGGCGCUGGUCUCUCUGACGCUACCACCAUCGAUGGCACCAAGUCCAUGCCCAUCUUUAGCGAGAUCGAAUACGAUCUUCUCACGAUCGGAAACCACGAGCUGUACGUGACUGAAGUUGCCAAGCAGAUGUUCAACGAGUAUGCCAAGAAAUGGGGGGAUCGCUAUCUCACUUCCAACGUCAAGGUCUACAACGAUGCGACCAAGCAGUAUGAGCAUGUGGGAGCCACCCACCGAUACUUCACCACCAAGCAGGGCAUCCGUAUCAUGGCUUUUGGUGUCUUGUUCGAUUUUACUGGAAACUCGAAUGCUUCUCAGGUCAUCAAAGCCAAGGACAUGGUCAAGGAGACUUGGUUUCGGGAUGCCAUCCACACUGACAAGCCAGUUGAUCUGUUCGUCCUCUUGGGACACAACCCUGUCCGCCAAACCGACUAUGCCAACACAUUCACCACGGUGUGGAAUGAGAUCCGAGCUGUUCAUAAGAACACUCCCAUCACCAUCUUCGGCGGUCACUCCCACAUCCGCGACUUCGCAGUCUACGAUCAGGCCUCCGUAGGAAUCGAAGCUGGUCGCUACUGCGAGACUCUUGGAUGGGUCUCGCAAUCCGGAUUCAGCAAGUGCAACAGCGGAUAUCACGGAGCCAAAAAGCCGGAUGGCAAGAAGCUCACACGUAAGGCCACGGAUAAUUCCACAGCCCCAUGGGCGUACUCUCGUCGAUACCUGGAUUGGAACCGAAACACUUUCAUGUACCACACCAGUUCCAACAACAAUUUCGACUCUCAGACUGGCCUCAAGAUUACCCAGGAGAUCACCACCGCCCGCAAGGACAUGAACCUCGGUGAGGUCUACGGCUGCGCUCCUGAGACAUACUGCAUCUCUUGCGUCCCAUUUGAUGACCCAAAGAACAUCUUCCCGGGUGUGAUCAAGCCCGCGGUGAACGCCAUUGUUCUCAACGAGGCCCGCAAGGACAAAGCCCGUAUGAUCAUCGGAAACACGGGCGCCAUUCGCUUUGACCUGUACAAGGGCCCCUUCACAUACGACGAUAACUUUGUCGUUUCGCCCUUCCGUGACGUUUUCCGUUAUAUCCCCGACGUUCCUUUCGACAAGGCCAGCCAAGUGCUUGCAAAGCUGAACAAGGGCACCGUUGCUAAGCGUGAAUUUGCCUCUAUGCCUAUCACCCGUGAUGACUGUGUUGAUCCCCUCGUCGGUGCUCUGACCCUCCGCGAUAUGCACCAGGAGCGCGGUAUUGUCCGUCGUCAGGAGACCAUCACCCCCGGAUACGCCACCAAGGAUGACUGGGGAACCGAUGGUGAUGAUACGGAGCAUACUGGUAUUCCCAACUACAGCAUCCCCAGUUACUGGGAGUCUCGUGCCGGGUUCCCUACUGGAUCCGAUCCUGAGAAGGUUGAUCUGAUCUUUUUUGACUUCAUUGAGAAAUACGUUUUGCAGGAUCUCGGCUCCGGCUUCACUUCCGAUAUGGUUUCGUGCUACAUCAACUGCACAUUCACUUCUCAAGACUUCAUGCUGCCCUAUGCCAAGCUGAUGUGGCAGGACAACAUCGACAACUGCCCCAUCGGCGCUUAG